CUCGCCCGCGGAUCCCCGCCGCCCCGGCCGCGGCCCUCGGCGAGAUGCCCUGCGGGGAGGACUGGCUCAACCACCCGCUCGGGAUCGUGCAAGGCUUCUUCGCCCAAAAUGGAGUUAAUCCUGACUGGGAGAAGAAAGUAAUUGAAUAUUUUAAGGAAAAGCUGAAGGAAAAUAAUGCUCCUAAAUGGGUACCGUCAUUGAAUGAGGUUCCCCUUCACUACUUGAAACCCAACAUUGUGAAAUUCCGUUGCAUGAUUCAGGACAUGUUUGAUCCCGAGUUUUACAUGGGAGUCUAUGAGACGGUUAACCAGAACACGAAAGCACGUGUUCUUCAUUUUGGAAAAUAUAGAGAUGUAGCAGAGUGUGGGCCUCAACAGGAACUUGACUUAAACUCUCCGCGAUCUACCACUUUGGAAAGGCAAACUUUCUACUGUGUUCCAGUGCCUGGGGAGUCCACAUGGGUGAAAGAGGCCUAUAUCAAUGCGAACCAAGCCCGAGUCAGUCCCUCGACGUCGUACACUCCCAGUCGUCACAAGAGGAGUUACGAAGAUGAUGAAGAUAUGGAUCUACAGCCCAGUAAGCAGAAAGACCAGCAUGCUAGUGCCAGGCAAGCAGGGAGUGUUGGUGGUCUUCAGUGGUGCGGAGAGCCAAAGCGCUUAGAGACUGAAGCUUCUGCUGGGCAGCAACUGAACUCCCUGAACCUGUCUUCGCCUUUCGAUCUGAAUUUCCCACUGCCGGGAGAGAAGGGACCUGCAUGCCUUGUGAAGGUGUAUGAAGAUUGGGACUGUUUCAAAGUAAAUGACAUUCUGGAGUUGUAUGGCAUACUGUCUGUGGAUCCUGUGCUCAGUGUACUGAACCAUGACGACAGGGAUGCCUCUGCGCUGCUGGACCCGAUGGAGUGCACAGACGCAGCCGAAGAGCAGCGCGUGCACAGCCCGCCUGCCUCGCUGGUGCCCAGGAUUCACGUGGUUUUAGCCCAGAAGUUGCAGCACAUCAACCCUUUGCUGCCGACCUGCCUUAAUAAAGAAGAGAGCAAAACCUUUGUCUCAAGUUUCAUGUCUGAGCUGUCUCCAGUCAGAGCAGAACUGCUUGGAUUCCUCACUCACGCCCUCUUGGGAGAUAGUCUGGCUGCGGAAUACCUUAUAUUGCACCUCAUCUCUACAGUAUAUACAAGAAGAGAUGUUCUUCCUCUAGGAAAAUUUACAGUUAACCUGAGUGGUUGCCCACGAAACAGCACCUUCACAGAACACUUAUAUCGAAUUAUUCAACAUCUUGUUCCAGCGUCUUUUCGCCUACAGAUGACGAUAGAGAACAUGAACCAUUUGAAGUUCAUCCCCCACAAAGACUACGCAGCGAAUCGCUUGGUCAGCGGACUCCUGCAGCUGCCUAGCAACACCUCCCUCGUCGUUGACGAGACGCUCCUGGAGCAGGGUCAGCUGGACAGCCCAGGGGUCCACAAUGUGACUGCCCUGAGCAAGCUCAUAACCUGGCAGAAGGUGGAUUACGACUUCAGCUACCACCAGAUGGAGUUCCCUUGCAACAUCAACGUUCUCAUCACCUCGGAAGGGCGCUCCCUCCUCCCGGCCGACUGCCAGGUCCACUUGCAGCCCCAGCUCGUCCCACCCAACAUGGAGGAACACAUGAGCAGCCUGCUUGCCGCCGUGCUGCCCUCUGUGCUCAACAAGUUCCGCGUCUACCUGACCCUGCUGAGGUUCCUGGAUUACAGCAUCUCUGACGACGUGACCAAGGCAGUGGAAGACGACUUCGUGGAAAUGCGUAAGAAUGACCCUCAGAGCAUCACCGCCGACGACCUACACCAGCUGCUCGUGGUGGCCCGGUUUCUGUCGCUCAGCGCUGGUCAGACAACUCUGUCGCGAGAACGGUGGCUCAGAGCAAAGCAGCUGGAGUCGUUAAGGAGAAACAGGCUUCAGCAGCAGAAGUGUGUGAAUGGGAACGAACUGUAACGAUCUGACACCUCUGGGGAGGAGGGGGCGGAUCAGAGCCACGUUAUUGUAGAAUUCAAAUGCCAUUUAUACUACAUCGUUUUAUAGACAAUUUCUAUCAGAAACCAAUGACUUUUCUUGAAAUCAAGCCUGGUAACAUCUAAAGUUUAUAUGAUAUUCAGUUAGGGCUUUUACCUUACUGAUUUUAUGGAGCUUUUGAAGUUUGUUUUAUAAUUAUAUAAAUUAGUAACAAUGUACAAAAAACCAUAUUUGAUAUUGAACAUUUAAUAUUGAUAACAUUGUUGAUUAUCCUAUUUCCUGAGCUCCAGCUAAGUCACAGGACAAACUUUGUUGAAUUGUUAAUGUUAACUUCAUUUGAAGAUUACUGCAAUUUCAAGGUUAGAGGACUCUGCAAUUAACGGUGGUUUGUUCAGGUCUGGGUCUAGGGCGCGGGUGUCCUUGCCACCGACCCACACAGCUGGUAGAAACGCUGGGCUCUGGCAACUCUCCCCACUUAGUGGACGGGCUUGGACCUGGGGGUGUGACACAUAGCAGUGCCUCCCAGGCUUUUGGACGUCAUGGACCAGAAAUCUUUCCAAAAACUUACGGGAUGGGGUUGCCAAUUUAUUUUGCUAAGUAAUCAGAAAUAAAUCACUGUAUUAUCACUUUUUUUUUUUUUUCAUAAAA